CUUACGACUAACAGCUACUUCAUUAUUUGCUCUUUUUGAAAUGUAAUACUUCCUUUUUUGAUUUAUGACUUUAUUGCCUUUCGUUUAUGUAUUGAUAUACCCUCUUCCACGAUGAUUUCUGUAAUUGCAACCAAGCUCUCUUCCCUGUCAGUCCUUGAUCUCUCUUUAAAUCCACAAACACCAGACCAGUGGAGGCUCGCCCUUCAAGGAGUGAAGCUGCUGUAUUUCCAGCGCCAGUACAAACAAUGUGCAGCCCGUUCUGCUGAGAUUCUCAAGACUGCGAGUGAACCUAUUCAUCCAGUUUACAAGACCUAUCUCUACUUUUACAGUGCCAUUUCCUACGAAAUACUAGGAAGAUCAGCUCAUAAUUACUCGACCAAGAAACUGCACCUUCUGCACUCUGCGUUGGAUUGCUUUGUCACCUGCACCGCAGUACUGCCUUCAGCAAUUUCUGCUUCAGAUGCUGCUGAAGAGUCUAGUCCUGCGUCUCUUGUAGACUUUUCUUCGCCAUCUGACUCUUCUGAGAGUCCUUCUACUGUUGGAAGCCUUGUGAGCAGUAUUACCCGCAUCAUUGACAACUCAAUCGAGUGUUCAGAAGAAGAUCCCUUCGUCUCUGGGAAUGAUCCUUGUCUCGAUUCGGCUGGCACCCUUCCAUUCAAGCUGCCUGACGAUGAUCCCAAAGCUGAACAGCUUCUUCCUUCUCCGCUUCGAAUCCGAAAGUCUUCUGGUGACCUCAGUUCAGUGGUUCAGACCAUGUUUGAAACCGAUAAUACCACAAAAGCGGCAAAGGCUGCCAAUCGUAUCAGUUUGCUGGUCAGGUUUUCUCGUCCUCCCCCUCUUCCUAUCAGAAUUGUCCCAGCUGGAGACAGAAAGGGCCAUUCGGCCCGGACGGAGAUCAAGAUCGGUACUGAAGAGUCUUUGAAAUUCCUGAGCACAGAUGUGAUGAAUGUCCAUGGGAAAAGCACACCCACUACACCUUCACAUAAGAAAGCUAUCCUACACUACAACGAUACCAUCCAUUCCCUAGCCGCGCAGAUUAAUGCUAGUAUUGCGGAUAUUCAUUCACUGAUUGACGAAGUCACAGAGAUGCAACGUGCUCGAAGAGCAUCGAGGAACCUGCGGCGAUCGGCGUCGUUCUGGAGCUUCAGUCCCGUCAAAGAAGAAUCACACAAGAACGACAGCCCUACCUAUUCCGGACGAACAGUUGUAAAGGAGACCAAGGAACAGCGGAUUGCCCGACUGCGUGCGGAUGGCUGGUCCACAGUUGGAUUAAAAUCGUGCGAGAGGGGAUGGAAGGGGACGGAGUAUUACCAGGCAUACUGCAAUUCUAUUUUGGACGAGCUAUAUCUUGACAUGUGAGUGUGGAUUUCCUUGGAGAGGGAGAAAGGAACUGCCAUUGGGACAGUGUUUCCACUUUCCACUAGCAAUGAUUUGGGGCCGCGUGUCGAGGGUACAUCAGCUGUUAGUUAUUUCUGGAUUUCAUGUUUGACUAUGAGAUGGAGUUGAUUUAGCCAAAAGUAUUUUUGCAGCUUAUUGAUUUUGUCUCCUCCUUCUCUUGUGAUUUCGUUUCUGCUGAGUUUAUGGGUUUAUGUUUUCCCUUCAGUCUUCAGGCUCGCAUGAACCAUCGUCGCACUAUGCUUUUAGCGGGCAGGAUAGUGGUAGCCCUGCAAUCGCGUGGUGUUUCAGAAUAUGAAAAUCCAGUAUUGUCUAGAUUCAUGAAUAUGAUUGAGAAUACAG